AAUAGAGAGAGAGGGGAGAGUGUGUGUGUGUGUGUGUGAGAGAGAGAGAGAGAGAGAGAGAGGGGACGACAGUCGAUACGGUCGUCUCUACUACACACAAGGGCGAAAGUAGAGAGUUUCCGAAAAGGCGUUCCAUCCGGCGCGUUUUCAUGUUUAGACAGUGUUUUAAAGGAAGGGGCGGUUGCUGUUUAUAACUGUUCGCUGUUGCCUGUGUCUGAAAUACUAGACCAGAAUCAGAGUGUAACAGGGACAACUCGGAGCUGCGAAGAUGCCGCUGGCACAGUUGGCAGAUCCUUGGCAGAAGAUGGCAUUGGGGAGGGCGAGUGAGGAUGCUCAUCGCCAUGUCCUGGAGGAUUCUGUAGGGGAGGAUGACUCCCUGUCCUGUAAUGAGGAGGUGGCAGUGAAGGAGAUCAGUAUCACCCACCAUGUGAAGGAGGGUUCAGAGAAGGGCGACCCUCGACAGUUCGAGCUACGCAAGGUGCUCGGUCAAGGCUCCUUCGGCAAGGUGUUCCUGGUGAAGAAGACCACAGGGCCGGACGCGGGCCAGCUGUACGCCAUGAAGGUGCUGAAGAAAGCCACGCUGAAAGUGCGCGACCGGGUCAGGACCAAGAUGGAGCGGGACAUUCUGGUGGAGGUCAACCACCCCUUCAUUGUGAAGCUUCACUAUGCGUUUCAGACGGAGGGGAAACUCUACCUGAUCCUGGACUUCCUCAGAGGAGGAGACCUCUUCACACGCCUCUCCAAAGAGGUGAUGUUCACAGAGGAGGAUGUGAAGUUCUACUUGGCAGAGCUGGCUCUGGCACUGGACCACCUGCACAGCCUUGGGAUCAUCUACAGAGAUCUCAAACCAGAGAACAUUCUACUAGAUGAGGAAGGACACAUUAAGCUGACAGACUUCGGCCUCAGUAAGGAGUCUAUAGACCACGAGAACAAGGCCUACUCCUUCUGUGGGACGGUGGAGUACAUGGCCCCCGAAGUGGUCAACCGCAGAGGGCACACCCACAGCGCUGAUUGGUGGUCGUACGGCGUGCUGAUGUUUGAGAUGCUGACAGGAACGUUACCCUUCCAAGGAAAGGACCGGAAAGAGACCAUGACCAUGAUCCUCAAGGCUAAGUUGGGGAUGCCACAAUUCCUGAGUUCAGAAGCUCAGAGUCUCCUGAGAAACCUCUUCAAACGGAACCCUUCCAACCGGCUAGGAGCCGGACCAGAUGGAGUAGAGGAGAUCAAGAGGCACCACUUCUACAACACCAUCGACUGGAACAAACUCUUUCGCAGGGAGCUGCACCCUCCGUUCAAACCUGCCACAGGCCGACCUGACGACACCUUCUACUUUGACCCUGAGUUCACCGCCAAAACACCCAAAGAUUCCCCAGGUGUACCUCCCAGUGCCAACGCCCACCAGCUGUUUAGGGGAUUCAGCUUUGUAGCCAUAACGUCAGAAGAGGAGACACAACCCCUACCCAACACUAUCGUACAGCAGCUGCACAGAAGCACGUCGCAGUUCUCGGACACGUACGAGAUCAAGGAGGACAUCGGGAUCGGCUCCUACUCCGUCUGCAAGCGCUGCGUCCAGAAAAGCACGGGCAUGGAGUUCGCCGUCAAGAUCAUCAGCAAGGUGAAGAGGGACCCCGCGGAGGAAGUGGAGAUCCUGCUCAGAUACGGCCAGCACCCCAAUGUCAUCACCCUGAAGGACGUGUAUGACGACGGCAGGUCCGUGUAUCUGGUCACAGAGCUGCUGAAGGGAGGGGAGCUGCUGGACAAGAUCCUCAGGCAGAAGUUCUUCUCCGAGAGAGAGGCCAGCGCCGUCCUCUACACCAUCACCAAGACUGUGGAGUACCUCCACAUUCAAGGGGUGGUGCACAGAGACUUGAAGCCCAGUAACAUCCUGUAUGUGGACGAGAGCGGGAACGCGGAGUCCAUCAGGAUCUGUGACUUCGGCUUCGCCAAGCAGCUGAGGGCGGAGAACGGCCUGCUCAUGACGCCCUGCUACACCGCUAACUUUGUAGCCCCGGAGGUACUGAAGAAGCAGGGCUAUGAUGCAGCCUGUGAUAUCUGGAGUCUAGGUGUUCUACUCUACACCAUGCUGACAGGAUUCACUCCCUUCGCUAACGGACCAGAAGACACUCCAGAGGAGAUCCUGGCUCGGAUCGGCAGUGGCAAGUUCUCUCUGACUGGAGGCUACUGGAACUCUGUCUCAGCUGAGGCCAAGGAGCUGGUGUCUAAGAUGCUGCACGUCGACCCCCACCAGAGGCUGACUGCGGGCCAGGUCCUCCGACACCCCUGGGUGACACACAGAGACCAGCUGCCCAAAUACACGCUCAACAGACAGGACGCCCCCCACCUGGUCAAGGGUGCCAUGGCAGCCACCUACUCCGCCCUAAACAGGAACGUACCACCAGUCCUGGAGCCUGUGGGCUGUUCCACUCUGGCCCAGCGGAGGGGGGUGAAGAAGCUUACCUCCACCGCCCUGUGACCUCACGACCUUAACCUCUUCCCUGGUGACUCCGACCUCUGACCCCCUGCUGGGGGGGGGGGGGGGGGGCGGCGGCGCAGUCAACCCUCCUCCUGGUCCCGAGGGUGACCCUGGAGCACCUGGGACCACCAACGCCAAAUAGAAGCACAGCGACCCCCCCCCCCCCCCCCCUGCCCUUUUUACCUCCAUUCCAUUACCACCAACCCUCCCCCCCUGCCCCUGUCCUGUUGCUCAGUGUUUCUCCACUCUGGUCCUGGGAGGGAGGGGGGGGGGGGUGGCGGGGCAGGGGCUGAAGGGAGAGAUAGAGCAGGGUUUGGGUCCAGCCCAUCUCUAACACACCUGAUUUGUUAAUGUGUCAGUGCUGGGCUGGAGGAAAGAAUGACACCGACCAGCCAAGUAGCUCUCCAGGACCAGGGUGAACAGAAGGGAGACGGCUGUCCUCAUAAGUAUCUCCAUCCUGCUUUGGACAAUCAGUACUGCUUCUAGGAUGGACAGACUUGUGCCAGGAACAUGAAUGUGUUAUGUAACCUUUGGGAACAUUUUGAGAGAUUAUAUGAUCAUCUGCUGUAUGCAUUUCAGACCGAUAUCGUUAUUUCCAUGUACCACUUAUAGCUGUAAAUCUGUAUGUCAACAACACAUGUAGCCACUGAGGUGAUGCUGUCAUCGAUCGGGGACUGAAGUGGUGAGGUCAUCACCGGAGGACUCUAGAAAGUCAAUCCAAGGUUGCCCCAGCCGAGUUUCAAAAGUUCCACCCGGCUAGAGGCAAUAGCCAGUCAGAUGCUGCAGAGCUCCAGUUGUAAUUCAGAAGGAGUGGAACCCCUCCACACCCAUAGCCCCCAUCUAAUGCUUUAAAAGAGGGGCUGCACAAGCAUGUCUGGAGGAAGAGGCUUGGCAAACACAGAGAGAUGAUUCCUCUCUGUCCAAACCCAGAAAACGACCACAGAGAAUGUGGAUCCCCUGUCCUCUGAGUGUCAGGUUCCCUGAAUAGGAAUUUUAACUUAAUGCUCUGUCACUAGGCAACUGGUGGUUUAUGGCCUGGUUACCUGGCAACAUGUAAGCCCUGCUGGGUGGUGUGGUGUCAGAGUGGUGGAAGCCCUCGUGCUGGAGGUCAAGAUGCGGGGGGGGGGGGGAGGGGGAGGUGAGUCCUGGCCCUGCUCCUGGAAGCACAGAUGUGGGACCUUCACCCUUGAAGACAGACCCCCACCAUGAUAGCCAUGUCUGGGCCAGGGUUGACCCAGACCGGGCGGCCUGUGCUUGGCUGAGUGUGUGUAGCAAUCGAGGACACAGAACUGAACAUAUGCAGACAGUAGAGCAACUCAGGUUUAUGUGAAAUACAAAACAAUGCAUUUUUUAUACAUCCUUAGGGAGAGUGAUGUAAAACAAGCACACAUGUGAGUCGUUGAAGGGGAUUUUCAGUCCAUGGAUAUCGAUUUAAUAUACUCUUAUGUUCUUUGAAAUAGCCAGAAACAACCCCUGUAGACGUAGAGAGGAUUGUGUGGGGUCAGAGAAAGAUGGUGGUCGUGUUAUGGCUGGCGUAGUUCAGUGACCCGCUCUCUAACAGUCUCUCUGACUUGGUGGCUAUCUUCCUUCAUCUCUGUCUUGGUUCGGCUAAAUAUCCAGUCAGCGCAGAUCCUAGGAUCAGGGCGUUGUCUUCAAAGCUGAGAGUGAUCUUCUCUCCAGGGGGUCUGUUGAUUGGAUGCACACUGUGCUCUGUGUGGUGGUUCCCAGAAACUCUGAACUGAACUUCUCCAUCAAGCCCUUUAAACUGAAAGCACCAUAUAGUAAUAUCUGCAAUGUUAUCAUUAUGUAUAAUGUAGCAAUCAGUGGUUUGUAGCAGUAGUUGGCUUGAUUUGAGUUCAUCCGUACCACAGAUACUUUCCAAUCAACAGAUUACUUAACUAGCUGGCCAUCGUCAGUUGAACUGAGAGGCGAAUCGAACAGACAUCUAGUCUAAAGCAUUUCUCCCUUCCAGCUGUUCAAACAGGAGGAAGGGGAAUCUGGGUGGGACUUGACCGUCUUUGACACAGAAGGAUUCUGGGAAACCGAUGCGUUUGGGGACACGCUUCAUGUGAGCGGUUCCGUCAACCAGCUUAGAUUACAGACGAUCAAUAGGCACCUGAAAUAGCCCACGUGCCCUUUUCCCUCCCGUGUACUUCCACGUCCGCAGAGUUCCUCCAUUCCCCUCCAGGUCCAGAUGGAGAACAUGGAGGGGAAACAUUUCUCCAGAACCGCAAGCCGACUCCAACGCUGUGAUAGCGGAUCACGCGACGCUGCGGAGACGUUUAGCAGGCGACGUGCUGCGAGGUUCUGGAACGUGAAGAGGGCUCAAACUUCAUUACUCAGAGAAAACACUGUUGUUACGCUCCCUUCCAGAGCUUUUGUAUGUGUAUAUGUUUUAAUAUAUGUGCAUAUUAGUAUCUUUGUCUCGUAUGCUUUUUAUGUAAGGAGAGAGAAUGUGAAAAGGGGUUUCCUUCCAUGUGUCAGAAAGUGGAAGCUCAGCUUCUUACUAGUGUUCUCCAAUGCCCCCCCCCCUCUCCUACCAGGAGAAGUUAUGUUUGCCUGUGAGCAUCCAGCCAGUCCUGCUGCUAGUCCAACUCUCUGGUUUUCUAUCUGCAGUCUCGUAAGAGUAGGGGUUUCUACUGAAAUGAAUAAAAAGGAUCUACAGUAAAAGACUGGGGGAUUUUCAUUUCAAUCUUUUUUUUUUCUUUUUCUCAAAGUUAGGUUAUUAGAGUUGUUACAAAUAAGUUAUGUAAUUUGCAGUCUCAAAAAUCAUACUUUUGGUUACAUUAUGAGUGAGGCCCCUGAUUAGACAGCUUGUACAACUAAACAAAACUCCAAACA